AUGGGUCGCAUGCACGCUCCCGGGUGAGCUCUCUUUUUACCUAAUAAACUUAAACAUUAGUGACAUUUACUCGGCUUUGAUAGUUUUGAAUAGUUUGCAAACACUUUAUCCACAGUCAAAGGUGAAGUUUGGCUGAUAAAUUCAACAAAUAAGCUCAGAAAAUGUUCUGAAACACAUCCUCCUCUGAUCGGUAUCCGUCCUGAGCUAGUUAGCAUUAGCCUCCACCGAAGGCUGCUCACCGCGAUUCUGCUGCUUGUGUUUAAUUUACAGAUUAGACAGUGGUAUAUGAUCAUUUAUCUUUAAACCUCUGCUGUGUGGACUGUAAAAUUGUGUCUUACUGUGUCUUAUGUCGUCCUUGUUACAGAAAGGGCUUGUCCCAGUCAGCUCUGCCUUACAGGCGCAGUGUCCCCACAGUAAGUUCACUUUUAGAAAUGAUCUUUUUCUUUAGUUUGUGACUGUAGACAGCUGUUUAUCUGCAUUAAUCUGUUCAGUUUGUAACCUUUGAAUGGAUCCUUGUUUCAGUGGCUGAAGCUCACCUCUGAUGAUGUUAAAGAGCAGAUCUUCAAACUGGCCAAGAAGGGUCUGACCCCCUCUCAGAUCGGUAAGAGUGUCUAAAAUACAGAAAAUUACUAACAAGACAGGACUUUAAAACGUGUUUAGUGCUUUUUAUAGUCACCUAAAGGACAUACAAUUUUGACUGAAAACUAACUGAGUGUCAUUAAAGAUCAUCCAAAGUUUGGGAUUAAAUUUUUAAAACUUUAAGUUCUGAAAUACAUAUUUAUUUCAUGCAUGCAGUCACAAAACAAGAAUAAAGAGAGGAUCAAAUUCUACCUUUUAAGAUAUUUGACUCUGAGUUAAAAAAUAAUGAUGGCUGACAAAGUACUCAGGUGCAAAUAUGACUUGACCCUAAAAAAAUCCUAACAAAAGUUGUUUUUUUAUAGUAUCAGAUGUCCUUAAUAACAAACUGAAAGUUUACCAAAGUUUGACCACUAGAAAGGUGUCAUUUUCACAAUGGCAUUCUUAAAGGGUAGGAAGCCCGAGGAGAUACCCAGGUAAACAGAGUAACAUUUUUAACAAACAGAUCACCAUGAAACUUCCCAAGAGUAUAAAUUCAAAUAUCGCCGUGGGACACUAGUUGUGCUUGUAAUCACCUAUCUGUCUUACAAAUAUGUUAACUAUGUUAAAAUCACAUGGUCAAAACAUGUAUCAGGCGCCAGUAUUCCUGGUUUAGAAGGAACACAAAGGAUUAAUGGUCAUUUUAAGGACCUGAGAUAAAAAACACAUGGAGGUGUUUGUAUUUUUAGGGGUGGUGAGAGUGUUUUCUCAUUUACAGGGUGAUAAAGAGAGAUAAUCAAAGUCCCCCUCUGACUCUAGUAUGUCAACAAAAUAAAACUAGAAUUUUGAAAGGGGCUUUAUCCCAUUGUGUGGUCUUUGGUUCUGGAAAUGUAUGCAAAUUAGUGCAUAUUUAAUUAGAUAUUACCUCAUUUGCAUAGUCAAACAUAACACUUGACAAAACUUCUUAUCCAAAAAAAUAUUUGUCUCAAUGUAAGUUAUAAACUUUGGAAGUUUCAUGGUGAUAUCUCUUUGUUAAAAAUGUUACCCUAUUCACUUGGGGUGUCUCCCCGGGCUUCCUACCAUCACGGACGCCAUCGUGAAAAUGACACCUUUCUAGUGGUCAAAUUUGGUAAACUUUUAGUUUUUUAUUAAGGACAUCUAAUACUAUAAAAAAACUGCUGAGAAACCUUUUGUUAGAAUUUUUUAGGGUUAGUUUUUUUUUUUUUCAUAAAUGCACCCUCCUAAAAUCAAACUGUACUUCUGAGAUCAGUUGACAGACACAUAAAAAUAUUGGACAACUGUAUUAUGAGCUGUUUGUUCUACUGUAAUGAGUUAGUUUAAUGUUUUGAACGGUGAAUAAAAAUGGAUUCUUAAAGAACAGGUGCUUCAUUGAUUUUUCUAGUGUAGGAGAGGAAUGUCAAAUGGUCCAGUUAGUAUAUUUUUAACAGAUUUCCAUCUCAGCACUUGAACUACAUUUACAAGCUGAUCAUCUGUCAUUAACUCUGAGCAAGUUGUUAUGGUCAGAUCCACUAAGUAAGCAGCAGAUUGAAUCCAGCGUUAGAACUCCUGGAGUAACUAAAUAUCCUAAAAAUGUUUGCACUUGUCUGUCAUGCAGCCUUUGUAUCACAGAUAUAGAUCCUUUUGGUCUAGAGGCUGAGGACAGCAGAGAUCACUGGUCCUGGGGUGUGACCCUUUAACCAAACAAAAUGUCAUUUUUACUAAAACUUCAUAGAAGUUAUUAAUCUUCUAUUAUUAAAACAUGCAGUCACACAUUUACAAACAUUAGUGUAGACAGACAUUUGAAUUAAAACUCCUCGAGUAAUGACAUGUUAGUGGUGUGGGGUGAUUUUACUUUACAAGAUACAUUCUUGUUAAUCAUUGGGUCUGAUGUAAAAGUCUCUUUUUCUGAAGAUCUGUUUUUAAAUAUUGUCUCAUCAUCAGAUUGAUAAAUUUUAAACCGUACCUUUAAGGCUUUUUUAAAAUCUUUUGAUGAAAAUCUGUUACGGUUGAAAAUCUGGCUCAUGUACUGUAUCCACUAACAUUUAACUGGUCGUCUUUUCUCUGAAUCAUUGUGCAUCUGUUUGUGUGUUCUCGUGGAUGGGUGUAGAUCAUCCUUCACAUUAAACUGAAAACUGAUUAUAUGUUUCUCUCCAAAGAAAGCUGCAGUGACAAAUGCACAUGUUGAAUGUCUGUAGGUAAAGUAUAAUCUUAAACCCUGUUUUUCCUCUCUGUAGGUGUGAUUCUGAGGGACUCCCAUGGUGUGGCCCAAGUCCGCUUUGUCACCGGCAACAAGAUCCUGAGGAUCCUCAAGUCCAAGGGUCUGGCCCCUGAUCUGCCCGAGGAUCUGUACCACCUCAUUAAGAAGGCUGUGGCCGUCAGGAAGCAUCUGGAGAGAAACAGAAAGGUACAACUCUCAAACUUUUGUUGAUGUUUGUCUCAAAUACUUAAAAUUGUGGCUGCUGUAACCUCAGGUUUAGAGAGCAAAACUGAUGAAGAUGUUUGAACUCGGUUUGAUUGGAAAUUACCACCAGAUAUUUACAUGUUGUGAAAGGGAUAGAAAGCUCUUUUGUUUCCAAAACAAAGAAGAAAAUGGUGAAUAACUUAAAAUAGAGUUGUGGUGUUAACUUUUUUUCACAGUAAGGCGCUGGAUGAAAAUCAAGUCUGUAUUCUAACGGUCAGUUUUGUUACUUUGAAGGACAAAGAUGCCAAGUUCCGCCUGAUUCUCAUCGAGAGCAGGAUCCACAGGCUGGCCCGUUACUACAAGACCAAGAGAGUACUGGCCCCCAACUGGAAGUAGUACGUAUCAGAUCUACUUUAGGAAGCUUCUCUUUGUUGUAUAACAAGAAACAUUUUUGUUAGUGAUGUUUGGUGUUGUUGAAUGAGAAUACUCAGUGUUGAACUCAAGUAGGUCAGAAUGAUAACUAACCUUCCACUAGCUGUAGGUUUUGAAUUUAAAGACGCACAAUUCAUUGUCCUGCUCUUCCUUUAUUGAGAGUUGUGAUAUUUCUGUUGUGCCAGAAUAAAGCUGGAGGUAAAUUAGCAGAGCGGCUGCCUGGUGCCACCUCUGCCAGUCCCCUUCGUACAAUGUUUAAAGUUUUAUUGUGAACAUGUACAUUUAGAAACAUGAGACUUAGCUUCACAAUGAGAGUGCAGUGAUAUAAAACUCUGAUCUGAUAGAAUAGGAAAAGACACAAACACUUGAUAUUUUCCUUCAGUGUAAUCUCAGUCGUUUGAGGACUCUCACUGAGUCGGUGUGAUGAAAAUGGCGCCCUCUAAUGGUGUGUUUUUUCUCUCUCUGUUUACAGCGAGUCCUCUACAGCUUCUGCUCUGGUGGCAUAA